ACGGCGCUCCUAUUUCUGCUCUGUGUUCAGUUGUUGCUAUAUAUUUCCUCUAUGCAAUGCGUGUGUGUUGAGUUAUGCGUGACAGAUGAAACGGGGACAGAGGGAGGAGUGAGUGUGUGUGCAAAAGUGCGUUCAGCAUACAGGGGUGAGAGAGUUUGGUUGGAUCAAAGCUCCAGAUGGACUUGAACGGGCUCUGGGUUCAGCUGGUUGGGUUUUCAAGUGAAGAAGUUGGAGUUUUAGAUCCAUGAAGUCUGAGUUAAUGCAAGAUACUGAUAAUCAAUCGUGAACCUUUUAGAAUCGGGGGGAGCUAAUUUUAUAUCUGACAUGCACAUAUAUUAUACAAAGUCUGGAGGAUUCAUGGUGGAUAUAGAUCUGUGCUUGUAGGCGAAAACAGGAUGUCGACCUUGCCAUCAGAAAACAGCCUUGAAGAUGCCUACAAUCGCAGCUUCUGGAUGCCUGGGAACUAUCAGCGCACUGCGAAGCGAACAGAAGAUGCUUUCCAGGCCUGUAAUGACAUAGUGGCAUGUUUCCAAGAGAGAGCGCGCGUGGAGAGGCAGUACGCCCAGCAGCUCAGUGAAUGGAGCAACAAGUGGAAGCCGGUGGUGGACUCUAGUCCUCUAUAUGGCUCUCUUAUGAAGGCUUGGCAGUGUUUUCUGUCCUCCGCCGACAGGCUUGCCGCCCUACACGCCACCAUCUGUCGCUCCCUGGUGUCGGAAGAUGGGGACCGGGUCAGGACCUGGCAGAAGGACACCUUCCACAAGAAGUUAUUUGGGGGUUUCAAGGAGUCCCACGACAUUGAGACGGGGUUUGCACGUGCUCAGAAGCCGUGGGCCAAACGACUUAAAAAGCUGGAUAAAGCAAGAAGAGCAUACCAUAAAGUGAGCCGUAAAGAGCAGGUAGCCAGAGAGCGAGAGGCACACGCUCAGGGAAACCCGGACGUCUCCAUAGACAAACAGAAGAAGAUCCAGGAGGAGAGAGAAGUGGCUCAACAGGAGGCCGAGAAGGUCCGUGCCCGCUACGAGAAGGUCCUGGAGGAGGUGAACAACUAUGCUCCUCGCUACAUGGAGGAGAUGGAGUCCGUCUUUGACCAAUCACAGGAGGAGGAGCGCAAGAGGAUUGUAUUUCUCAAACAGGCUUUCCUCUCCAUCCACAAACACCUGGACAUUACCAACAAUGAGAGUGUGCGGGCCGUGUACAAUGAGCUCCACAACACACUGAUGGCCAUCGAUGAGCAAGAGGACCUUCGCUGGUGGAAAAACACCCACGGCCCGGGCAUGCCAACUGACUGGCCUCACUUCCAGGAAUGGACACCUGAAAAGAAAAGCAAAAAAGGGAAAAAAGAAGUGGAAAAAUCAGGAACAAUAGAGAAGAGCGUGAUGAUCGGGGGAGUGAAAGUAAGAGCUCUGUAUGAUUACGUCGGCCAGGAGACAGAUGAGCUGUCCUUUAAAGCAGGUGAAGAGUUUCUAAAGAUCGAGGAUGAGGAUGACCAAGGAUGGUGUCGAGGGAAGAAGGAUGAUGGGUGGGAGGGGCUUUACCCAGCCAACUACGUGGAGGUGGUGUAGUUACCUGAAUGUGAAAGAUCUUUGUUAUAUCAAAUACCACAUGACAGCCUGAGUAAAUAUAUAAACGUCUAAAACACAAAAUCAGUGCUGUAAAAGUCCACAUGAAGUAGCUGUUAGCCAAAGAAGUGUGUCAGCACAAGACGAUGGAGAUUUUGACAUACAGAGAUUUUUUAAAAGUGCCCAGGUUUGUAAUCUUUUGAAGGACUUUUGAUAUAUGUUUUAAUAUACACACUAUGCAUAGACCACUUGUAUUGAAGCCAUAUAAAUAAACAAUGCUUUAAUGUAAAGAAAGAAAUAACAUGCUGGAGUAUAACGGUACACAGUUAUUUGGUGCUGGAGUCAGUGGUGUAGCCAGAACAUUUUAAAGGGGUGGCCAAGCUAAGACCAUUACAUCCAUCGUCAUAUGGAUUUUUAUUUUUCCUGCAUGGAAAAUCACUGCAGGUCAGAGAAUGUAUGAGUAUGUUUGUACAUAGCCCUUUAAUAGGUGUCAUUAUUGGUUAUGUGGGGUGGCCACAGGGCUAGUCUACAGCAGCCAUCUCCUGCCACCCCUUGGCUUAUCCCCUGAAUAAAAUGUGUGUGGGACUGCUAUUUUCUUUAAGCUGUUUUUUAAGCCUCAUGCGAUUAAAAUGCUCACAAAGCCUCACAAUAUAUGAAGAAAGCGUUGCUAAAACUGUGAUUAUAAUUAUUCCGAAGCAGCCGUACAGUUGGAGUCAGCCUAAUAGAUGCAGAAAGCCAUGUCGACUGUAUUUCUCUUCUGUUUUUGUGGUUUAAAGGAACAGAAAGUCAUUAGGAAUCCUGUAUAACCCUCAGUUAGCCAACAGUGAAGCUGUUUUACCCACACCAGCAUCCACUCACACCCCACAAAGUCCAAUGCUGUCUUAGUUCAUACAGAGUUGACUUAAAUCAGCUUUCAUCACUAUUUUCCUAUUAAGAAUUUAUUGCUUGACUAUUUGUAUGUGAUAGAGAUUGAACCCAGUGGCAAACCCAGAAGAGAAUCCAGAGAAUAUUCAAGCAACUCUUAAUAUUUCACCUCGCUGGUUUUACUCUUUCGAGCUCACAGCUUUACAGUUUUGGUUCACCCUUACUCAAGCUGAGAAAAUGCUCUUAAAAUCCACUCAAUGUGACCUUAGCAGCACCAGCUACAGCAGACAAACAGACACACUUAGCAGCUAAAUCACCAAAUAUUUCCAACAAGGCUAAAAACACAACUAAAUGUUUUUAUAUUGCUUCAAAUGUCUUUAUCAAUUUGCAGCUGUUCAUCAUUUUGAGAUUCUUAUUGCUUGUCCUUUUCUGCCCAGCCUUUGCAUCGGUGAGGGAAAUGCUUGCAGUCAGGGUUGCCAUAUACUCUUUGUGAAGGCAACACGAUCAUUACUGGUUUGUUUCCACUGACCCCAAUCAGUCAGUCCAAGUUUAACACCCUCCGCUGGAAUGACACUGCAGUUUAAGAAACAGUUUAUGGUGUAAUAUUUCUUCACCAGUAUUGUACCUGCUAAACUGAACCAGUAACUGUUAGAGGUCUGUUAACACGUAUUACAUUAAAAACAAGCAGGUAUAUUAAACUGCAGGUUAUUAUAAACACUUAUUUUUCAUGCCUUGUUACAAAAUAUGAUGAAGGCUGAAAAACAGAUUUAAUAACACGCUGACAUAAACAAUAAAACUUCCUAGCUGGGCCUUGUUAGCAUACAUUGCAUUAUAUUUUUACACACUCCCUAAAUUUUGUAUUCCUACGCUUUGUUAUUCAUUAUCACUCACACAGCAUAUAAACAGGACAGCUUUACAGUCAUUAGAAGCCAUAUUUUGGGAUAGUGGGUCAGCCAGUGGCUUGUGGGCUUUCACUGUGCAAGGCUGGGCCCGAGCUAUUUUAGCAACUAAAAUGUCUGAGUGGGGUUAUUUAAUACCCCGUUAUGUUUAUUCAGGACUACUUCAUUUCUAUUUGUGUUUGUUAUACCUGCUUAUUCCUCUACCUGUGAUAGAUUUUCCAGUGUUAACACGAGCUGUUUUCAUUGUCACUUUGGGCAUUAAGUAUCUGCGAAGAACAUCGCAAUGUAGAUUUAAACAAAAACCUGCAAUGGAAAACAUGGAUUGCAGGGAUCAUACAUAUGACUUCACACAACUAUCAGUUACCUCUUGCACAUCAAUGUGCCACCUCAUGUAAAACACCAUAAAACUGUGGGAGAGGUUCAGUUCAGCUUUAUCAUAUAUCGCCAAAUCACAACAAAUUCCCCUUUUUAUUUUGUAAGAUAAAGACCCGACUAUGGUACAGAGGUGAAAGUUCAUUAUAGGAAACAUUUUAGCAGAUAAAUAUACACAACUUCAAACAGAUACAAAUGUAAAGAUCUGUAGAGCAAUUGAGAGAACAGAAAACUGCCCAACUAGCUAUGUGAUCCAACCUGCAUACAAGAAGUAAAUCUGUUUCCAAGAAAGCCUUUUUUCACCUCACCUGCCUGCUGCUGGCUGCCUGCCUCAUUUUUACGUUAAAAUUUGUUCAACUCUGCAGCACAAGUAAUUGAAAAUAUUAGGUUUAGAUGUGAAAGCGCCUUUGCACUGAACCUCGGAGUCCCCUCCUGGUUAGGAGGCCUUUCAAAGUUUAGCAACUCUAUCACGAAAAUCAUAAAUGAGGUGCAUGCAGGGCUUUGAAGAUCAAAGAGGAAAAGUGCUUAAAGAUGAAGUCCAUUCAUAAUUUAAAAAUUUUGAUGUUGCACCUUUAGUUAAAGGAGAAGUCUUUCUCCAGGUGAGCCCUAUUAUCUGUCAUUAUGGUUCACAAUGAUCUUUGCUGUGGGACUAAAAUCAUUAAAGCAUUGAGUUGCUUUUAGAUGAGGAGAAAAUGUCAUGGGGAAUAGUAAUAUUUCCUAGCAUGUCACACUGUUCCUUCUGGGUAACUCCUGGGGAACAGUUAGUCUUUCUGUCUGUCUGUAAUAUCUAAUCUUCUGUUAUUAAAUUGUAACUAUCACAGAGAGCAUCUUUACCAAAGUGAGGAACGUGCUGGGUUUGCCUAUUAUAGUAUCUCUAUAUGUGCUGUUGCUGUGUGUCAUUCUUUGUCAUGUAAAUGUAUGACCUUUCAAAUCCCCUGUCUUUUUAAAAUAAAAACCGAAACUGUUACACAAA